AUCAGUUCCGGAGCCUAAACUCAGCUCUAUGAUUCUAUGAAUGAUCCAUCAAAAAAUAUUUCCAAAUUGUUCAGGUUUAUUACCCAAAUCGCCAAUAGGGCAUAGUCUGCGGAACUUCAGUGUUCUUCUGCGUGUGCGUCUUUGAAUCAAAUUCCCUCAUUCUUGUUCAUGACUUUUGAAGAGAGAAAAAUUGCUGAAUGCUGAGAUUUGUGAGUGAAAGUUGAAAACUUUUUUUUCAACUUAACACCCUUUUCUCUCUCUAUCAUCACCUCAGAAGGGUAUUCCUUGCUGAAACUCCUCAUUCCCCGGUAAAAUUUUCCAUUGCAAUUUCAAAAUAUCGAAGUUCAAUGAGUGGUGCUGUGUACAACAAGUAAGAAGCUAUAUGACUACCACAAUUACCUUUGUCUCCUCGAGAGCUGCAUUUGCACUUGGUGCCUUGAAUGUCGAAACAUCCAAAGCUAUGGAUGUUGUUUCUGAUCCCAGGAUUGGCCCAAUGCGCCUUCUUUGGUGGCAAGAUGCAUUAGACAGAAUUCAUGCAGAUAAGUUGAUUGAACAUCCUAUUGCUCUAUCUCUUUCAUCCAUUGUAUCAGAGCAUAAAUUAAGCAAGGCCUGGCUGAAAAGAUCUAAAAGAUGCAAAAAGGGAACCCCGUGAAAUCGACUAUUGAAGAACUAGAAAAAUAUUCUGAGGACACACUAUCCACUAUCUUGUACACAACACUGCAACCUGGGGGUAUUAACUCUACUGCAGCUGAUCAUGCAGCUUCUCAUAUUGGUUAAGCUGCUGGCCUGUCCUUGUUGCUGAGGUCUCUACCAUACCAUGCCCGCCUCGCCCCGCCCCGCCCCGCCCCGCCCCGCCCCGCCCAAUAACCAAGCCUAGUCGCCAGCGACUGUUUGGCUAUAUCCCUUCCGAAGUUGCAUCCAAACACGGGCUGAUGAUUGAGGAUGGGGUUCAGACUGGAAUCACUGUGGACUUCCGUGAAGGGCUAUGUAAUGCGGUCUUUGAGAUGGCUUCAGUGGCAAAUUCCCAUCUUGGAAAGGCACGGCAAUUGGCUAAAACAGUUCCUGCUAAAGCUAUUCCGGUGCUCCUUCCUGCUGUUCCAACUCAGGUCCUGUUACACUCUUUGUGCCGGGUGCAUUUUGAUGUUUUUGAUCCUACGUUGCAACGAAGUGUUUUGGGCAUUCCUCCACUAUGGUUUCAGGAUAGAGGUGACCAGUUGAGUCAGUUGACCAAGCCAAGCAGGCUAGUAGGUGAGUUGCAUGGCCGGAUGAUAUAGAAACUGGGCUAUGUCAGUUCACUUUCCACAAUCCAGCCACGAGUAUGGGGUCGGAUUUCGAGAGACACACCGGUCCAGAAUCACACAGAACAAUGUGCAAAAGUAAGACAAGAGAAAGCAGGGAAUUUGGGCUAAUAGCAGGAAGAGAGAGAAUUGAAUUGUAAUUUGAGAUGUAAAAGAAAGAAAUACUCAACUUAAUUUUGCUAAGCGUAACUCCGAGAGUAACACAUGCUUCACGCAGGACAUUUCCAUUCCCUAGACUCCUUGUUCACCUCUUUUACGUGUCAAUCCCUCCUUUUGCAUGGCGUUUCUCUCUCUUCUUCCUCUUUCUCUCUCUAUCUCAACCCUUCAAAACCCCCAAAAUUUCAUCAUCUUCAUUUCCUCAUUUUAUUUCACUAAGUUUUCCUCCACCUCUCUCAUGGCAACUAUGAGUUCCACAUCAAGAAUUAUUGCACUGUUAGCACUUCUUUCUCUUCAAAUUUCAUGGCUUUCUGAAGCUAAGAGAUGGGAGUCCAACAUCCGCAUGCCUACUGAUAAGGAAGAACAACAACAGGAACAGAAGAAACCAGGUGAUGCCGAGUCCGAUGUUGAUGGUACUACAUGGGCUCUUUUAGUUGCCGGUUCUCAAGGGUUUGGUAAUUACAGACACCAGGCAGAUGUUUGUCAUGCGUAUCAGAUAUUAAAAAGAGGAGGAUUGAAGGAGGAGAACAUAGUAGUUUUUAUGUAUGAUGAUAUUGCUAAUAAUCCACUUAAUCCUAGGAAAGGUGUGAUUAUCAAUCAUCCCAAUGGUGAGGAUGUCUAUGCUGGUGUGCCUAAGGAUUAUACAGGAGAGCAUGUUACAGCGGAGAACUUGUAUGCAGUGCUUCUUGGAAACAAGAAUGCUGUAAAAGGUGGCAGUGGAAAGGUCAUUGAUAGCAAACCAAAUGACAGGAUCUUUAUUUACUACUCUGAUCAUGGAGGUCCUGGUGUGCUAGGUAUGCCUAAUAUGCCAUUCCUUUAUGGUAAAGACUUCAUAGAGGUUUUGAAGAAGAAACACGCUUUAAAAAGCUACAAAGAAAUGGUAAUAUAUAUUGAAGCUUGUGAAAGUGGUAGUGUUUUCGAGGGGUUGAUGACUGAAGAUCUGAACAUAUAUGUGACAACAGCAUCAAAUGCUGAAGAGAGUAGCUGGGGCACUUAUUGUCCUGGUAUGGACCCUUCACCACCUCCAGAGUUCAUGACUUGCUUGGGCGAUUUGUAUAGUAUUGCCUGGAUGGAAGACAGUGAGACACACAAUCUGAGGAAAGAAACUAUCAGUCAACAAAUUGACAAGGUAAAGGAAAGAACUUCAAAUUACAACACCUAUACAGCAGGAUCACAUGUUAUGGAAUAUGGAAAUAAAAGCAUUAAACCAGAGAAACUCUAUCUAUAUCAUGGCUUCGAUCCAGCCACUGCCAACCUUCCUCCUAACAGAUUGCCUAUUGAUAUUAAGUUAGGCGUUGUCAAUCAGCGAGAUGCAGACAUUGUUUUCCUUUGGGAAAAGUAUGAAAGAUCAAAAGGGGAACCAGAGGAGAAGCAUAAAAUCCUCAAAGAGAUAACCGAGACAAUAAAACAUAGAAGUCACCUCGACAGCAGCAUUGACCUGAUCGGAAAAAUUUUGUUUGGACCAAUCAAUGGCCCUUCAGUUCUAAGAGCAAAACCAACCCCAGGAAUGCCGAUUGUGAAUGAUUGGGAUUGCUUGAAAUCAAUGGUUCAAGUGUUUGAGGAGCAAUGCGGAUCCCUAACUCAAUACGGUAUGAAACAUAUGCGAGCCUUUGCUAACAUCUGCAACAACGAGGUUUCGCAGUCUGCGAUGCAAGAAGCUUGUGUUGCAGCUUGCAGUGUGUACAACUCAGGCCAGUGGAAUCCGUCAUUAUAUGGUUUCAGUGCUUAAUUAAUGAAUAUCAUCGGCUUUUAAGCUGCCAUAGUACGUUCAAAAUCCUAAUAUGUUACUGUAUUAUAUGUGUUGUUCAAGUAGACUAAAUACAGUGAUGUAUUACAGUCCAGAAAAUUACUACUCUGAUGUGUUAUGUGCUUA